AUGGAUUUUUACUCAAGUUAUUAUACUAUUCCCCGUGAUGAUUCUAUGAGCAGCUCCCUCCCCGAAAAUGAAAUGAGAACACCUUCCAACAAAUAAAAUCAUCAGCUAGAUUUGCUAGACUGUUAGUGUCACUAGAAUCCCACAGAAAUCUAGAUUGUUUAUUCCUUAGAAAAAGAGGGUAAACACGAGUAAAAUAAGAAUGGGUUUUUUGCCCAAAAUAACAAAAUAAUGCUCAAUCAAAAUUACAUAUCUUGUAACUAUUAAGAUUUACAGAUCAAUGAAACCUAAGAAAAGGUAUUAAUUUAUGACGCUUUGAAUGGCUUUAAAUCUAAUUCGAUUAUUUCUAACAAGUUAGCUUCUUCUACCAUAUCAUCUUAUUAAUAUGAUGACACCAUCAAUAAUAACAUUGUAAAAAAAUCAUAACUAAAAUCUAAAAACGAACCCAUGAAUAAUUAAAAAUAACAAUUUCCCCUUAAUAAUGCUAGCGCUAAGUUAAAUUUCUAGUUUUCAUCAAUAUAGAACGAAUAAAACCAAAGUGAUAGAGGUUUUUAGCAAAUAAACUAAAAUAAUCUUCUUCAGCUUAAUUAUUAAGACAGUUAGAUUUAAAAAACCGAUUCUAGUAGUCAUAUAUUUAAUUUGAUGAAUGAAUGUAAGACAUAUAACUAAAGUUAAUAGAUUAAUUAAUUUGAACAAAGAAGGAUUUCUGCUAGCUAAACUUCUCAAAUCCACUAGGAUGCUAAUAAUUUCCAGAAUUAAACUAUAUAAUAAUAAAACCUUCAGAUUGGAAUAAAAAUUGAGCAGCUUUAAAAUUCUUCAAAUCUGAGUAUUACAUAAAACUAAAGCUACAGCGAGAAUGAAAAAGUCUUAUUUUCAUUAAAAAAUAAUUAAAACUAGGAUAAGGAAAAUAAAUAUCAAUAAAAUUCUUAACCCAAUUCCGAAUCAAACAGCCACACUACGUUAAAUUAAGAUACUCAUAGUUAUUCUGAGUAAUAUUAACUAUAAUAAUAAGUAUAAUCUUAAUUAAUUGAGAAAUAGCAGGAGUAGCUAUCUUUACGCGACUUCUCUUAUGUGAACAUCUAUUAAUAUCAAAACAAGGAAGCAACUCUUCCAGUAGAAAACAAAAUAUUACUGGAAGGAAGUGUCAUUGUUGAUUUAAAUGAAUUCAUUAACCCCUCAAUUCAAGACUCUCUUUCUAAGACCAUCAGUUAGUAUUUCUAUAUUGAUUAAUUACAAAAAUUUAAGAAAUACAUUGUUGCUAACCUUUAGUUAAAGUCCUAACCUGAAACAGAAAUUUCAAAAGUAAUUGCUACUUUAAAUCAAUGCAAAGAGAAUGAGAAAGCAAUAAACUUAAUUGAAUAUCUGUAAAAAUAUACACAAUUUCUAGAGCAAAGAAAAUAACAACAAUAAUAAGAGUAAAUGAAGAUUACAAAUUCUCUUCAUUUAAUAGACGACAGUGCUUUAAAAUUAAAUGAGAGUUAAAUGCAUACAGUAGAAUCUCAAAAAUUAUAUAAUACUACUAUCGACUCAUUUUCCAGCACAUAAAAUAUGCUAACCAGCGCAUCUAAUAUAUAACCUGUUUAAAACUCUAAAUAAGGCACUAUAAACUUCUGCGAUCCUUAUUCUUCUGUUUAAAGGACCAAUUUUAAUUUAAGUUAAGCAAACAAAAUACUUAAAUAAUUCGAAAAAUAUUGUUAUACUUUUCGUAUUAUUCGUAAAAGCCCUGCUUAAAUAGAAUCCCACCAAGUAGGAGUUUCCAACUCAUUUAUUGAAAUGAUUGGAUGCGAUGUCAGCAACUCGAUAUCCUCCAUUUUGAGAAAUGAUUCAAGCAGUAUGCUUCCAUUUGACUAUGCUGGUUAUAGUGCUUCUGAUCAGUCUAUUGACUAAAUUUAUGAAAUUAUUACUCCAUUUAAAGAAAAGUAAAAGCACUACAACAGAAAAUAAAGUCUAAAGUAUGGAGAAAUAAAGCACUCAUGUGGUAAAAAUAUAAAAGUCAAAAUUUAGCAGAAGGUUUUUUUGCUUAGUACUUAUUAAUCUUUUGAUUAGAAAUAGCAAAGUAUUAAUAAUUAAAUAUUCUGCGAAGAAAAUAUAGGAGACUACUUAGAGAUUAAAUUAUACACUCCAGAGACUUUAGAAAUAUAGAAAAUUUCUAAAAAAAGAACAUCUUCAAGCAGGAAAGGCAUAAUCGCAGAAGAAUAAUGUCUUGAAAUUGACUAAAACGAGAGCAAAAAGAUUUACUCAAAUUAUGCUUAAAAAUUGAUUGAUAAAUAUUACAGUGACGAAACACUCCUAAGUCCCGAACUAAUUUUCAAGAAAAAAUGGACAAUUAAAAGUCACAGUAAGCGCUUGUGA